AUGUCCGGCCUGCUGAAGCCCGAGAAGGACUUCACCAAGGACGCCGACAAGCUUAUCCCGGAAGCUGAGGCCCUUGCGAAGACCGAUGUUCAAGGUGCGAUCGACAAGUUGUUGGUGUUGGAGAAGCAAGCACGACAGGCUUCUGAUCUCGCUACUACCUCGCGCCUCCUGAUUGCCAUCGUCACCAUUAGCAAGAACUCCGGCGACUGGAACCUUCUCAAUGACCAAGUGCUCCUCCUCUCUAAGAAACAUGCCCAGCUUAAGCAGGCAACAACGCGAAUGGUACAGGAGGUGAUGAAGUUUUUGGAUGACACACCAAGUCUCGAAGUCAAGCUCACGGUCAUCGAGACCUUGCGGACGGUCACUGAAGGAAAGAUUUUCGUCGAAGUCGAACGAGCCCGCGUCACACGUAUCCUGUCGAAUAUCAAGAAGUCUCAAGGUGAUCUGAAUGCCGCGGCGGACAUCCUGUGCGAGUUGCAAGUGGAGACGUUUGGAUCGAUGACUCGAAGGGAAAAGACCGAGUUCAUCUUGGAACAGGUUUCUCUGUGUAUCGAGCGUGGAGACUGGACCCAGGCUUCGAUCCUCAUCCGCAAGAUUAACAAGCGCUACUUCGCGCGGAAACCGAAGAAGAGCGCCGAGGAGAUCGAGAAGCUCCAGAAGCAGGCAGAGGAGCGAGAGAAAACCCGUGGACCGGAUGAGGCUCCGAUGGAGGUGAACGAUGAUGUGACCGAUCUCAAGCUGCGUUACUACGACCAGCAGAUUACCCUGGCCAACCACGACUACAAGUACCUCGAUGUCUGCAAGAACUACCGAGAAGUCCUGGACACCGAGGCGGUCGAGAAGAGCCCAGAGCAGCUGCGUGCCGUGAGUUUCUUAUUGUUCCGAGAAGUCUUUUCUUCCAAUAUGCUGAUAGUCCUUUCCUUCUUCCAGACCCUGGCACGCGUCGUCUAUUAUAUUGUCCUCUCACCCUAUGACAACGAGCAGUCAGACCUCUUGCACCGCAUCCAACAAGACUCGCGUUUGUCCCAGAUUCCGGAGGAGGCCCGCCUGGUCAAGCUGUUCACCAUCCCCGAGCUGAUGCGCUGGCCCAUGGUCGCCCAGCAAUUCGGCCCUCACCUCUGCGGCACCGACGUGUUCGAUGCCGAGGCCCAGCAGUCCUCUGAUAACCAGGCCAACCGGAGAUGGCAAGAUUUGCGGAAGCGGGUCAUCGAGCACAACGUGCGCGUUGUGGCCAAGUACUACACUCGCAUUCAAAUGGGCCGCUUGACUCAGCUUUUGGAUCUGACUGAGGAGGAGACGGAGAAGUACAUCAGCGACCUGGUCACCUCGAAGACCAUCUAUGCCAAGAUUGACCGACCCGCGCGGCUAGUCAACUUUGCUAAGCCGCGGGAUGCGGAUGAUGUACUCAACGAGUGGAGCAGUGAUAUGAAGAGCCUACUGGGUCUCCUGGAGCGGAUUGAUCAUCUGAUCACCAAGGAGGAGAUGAUGGCUCGUAUCUUGCCGUCUCGUGGUGAGAAGGCCAAGGCCCGUUGA